AUGAAUUCUCAAAACAAAUCAACGGUGUUAUCGGCCGAUCUAAAUAAUUUCAUUUACGGCGUCUCGAGGCGGAACGCUCAAAAUGCUCCUGAUUUGACUAAAACUGGUGUUAAUCUUCUAAAGAACUUCCCGGCGGCUAGAGAUGCCGUAUUGGAAUAUUUCGCUAUGGUUUUUCACGAUGCUGUGAAUAUGUCAAUCAGUCAAAGCGAAUAUGAGGCAGACAUGGGUAAUGGUUCAUUGGAAAGUGUAAACAUGAUAGGUCCGGAGCUAUGCAGCCUCGGCCAGGCUUGGGCGCCGUUUAUUGCACCUUGGUGUAUAAACUUAAUCAUGGACAUUGCUACUAAGAAGUCUAGUGUACCAAACACAACUCUUCAAAAUGCUGAUCCAGUUCGGAUUUUGCUGGAUAUAACUACACAGAAUUUGACUCUCUUGAAUUCAGAAGAGAGAGCAAAGUGCAUUGAUAUGAUGUUAGGUUCCAGGGCGUGUUCUUGGGCAGUGGGCUGGGUGGGACGCGCCGAGCCUGCUUUGGUUGCUCCCCGGGCUUUACAGCUGGGAGCCGAUGCGGCCCGCGCCGUGCUAGCUCACCUCGCUAAUCAUCCGCCUGCUACACACCAUGUGCGAGUGGCCUUACUUCAUUUGUUCCAUGAAGCACUUAGAGAAGAUGGUGACAGUGAAAAGAAAAGAGAAGUGAUUCCAUAUUUGUUGACUCUAGCGUCCAAAUCUGAUAUUGUAUUGAAAGCACUCACUCAAGACAUUGAACAGACAUUGACGGACGAGGUGAUGGAGCGGCUGUGCGCGGUGUGCGCGUCGCAGUGCAAGAGCGUGGCGUGGGCCGACGUGGGCCCCGGCGCGCUCGUGGCGCUGCUGCUGCGCGCCGACGUGCGCUGCCUGCUGCUGCUGCUGCGCCACGCGCUGCCCACCAGCGCGCACCCCAAGAAUGGCUUCUGUAGGCAGCUCGUGGCAAAUCUACUUCAACAGUUGGAGUACGAAGGCUUACAUCGUGAUAAAACGAUACCCUUAAUCACGAGCGCUGUAGAAGAAAUUCAUAUAGUUAGAGACAAGCUGUUGGAUGGCAGUCAGUAUGAGAAGUUCUGUUUAGCGAGAGUUCUUAUUGUCAUCAGCAGCAAUCUACCCUCGGAAUUCGUGAGCACGAUCAGUUAUUUACUUCAACAUUCCAGAGACGAGUCAACGUUAGCCUUACUGGUUCGUAUUGUAUCUGGCACUAUCAGAAUGCAUGUGCCAAAUGACUCUUCCGACAUAAACCUGGAUACCGACAGGUACCAGAACCUUAUAAAGACUGGUGUGGAAUAUGCUCUGAGGGACGCCAUGCUGGCGGAUGACGAAAUUAAGAGCUGCUUCAUCGAUGGGAGUAUGCCGGAAGACCAGAAAACGUAUCUUCAUUAUUUUAGCUUGAAUAUUAUAAAAUUAUUGAGAUGGGAGAACUCAGGCCGCGUCCCUCAUUUAUCGACGCGUCCGUUCGGUCGCGCGGUGGAAGCCAAUCUGUACCGCGUGGGCGACGCGCUGCAGCAGUACGCCUCCCUGCUGCGCGUGCGCCGCGACUCCACCAUGGCCUCCCUGGACGAGAUGCCCACCUGCCACGCUCUAGCCGAGAUUUUGGACCGAGUCGACAUGUCUGGGGCGAAUGGACCUGCACCGACUGUUGAAGAUAUAUUGAAAGUAGUACGUGCCACUGUCCAGUAUUUUUUUAGAUGCAUACAUUUAAAGGAUACGAGUGAAAAACUCCGCUCUGUGACUAUCGCUUGCCGCUUACUCCACAAGCAGUGUGUCCACACGCAUCUCGCCAGGUCGCUCGCUAUGAGAGAAUUGUUAGAAACGGCAAUGUUUCGGGAAGAUACGGCUUUCGGCAGUCGGCCUGUCAUUCCGAAUAUAAUCUCUGCUAUGAACAAAUGGAAUAAUGGCGAUUUGUUGAUACAUUUUAAUCAGAAGCAUGGUCCCAUAACGCAACUAACACAAAGUCACACAUCAGUGUUCCAUGCGGGCAUUAUCGGCAAAGGAGUUCGUAAGCAGGACAACUCGGAUGCGAACGACAUACCGCCCAUACUGACCACUAAUAUUGAGCUGUUGAUGGGUGCUCUUAUGUCUUGCAUGGAAGGCGACCGAGGGUUGGUCGAGGGUAAUAAAUCUAUGGUUCUGUUAUUGGUUGAGGUAGUCUCGCCUGACGUCAUGUACAAUGGGUGGCCUUGGCCCGAUGAGGACUUUACUAAGCAAGUGAGCAUCGAGCGCGAGCUGUACAUGUGCGGCGCGCUGGACGGCGCGGGCGUGGCGCGCGCGGCGCUGCGGCGGGCGGCGCGCGCGCGGCCCUGUCUGUGCCUCGCCUCCACGCUGCUGCGCGCCAAGGCCGCCUCCUUCCUGCACCGCCUCUCCGCCUACCUGGAUCGCCACACUCAGUCGGCAGAAAUGGCAAAAGAACGGGUUUCAUUGGAAGAUUUGUUAUCCACUAUGACAUUAGGAAAUUUGUUACCGCAUCCACUCAGUCAUAUGCUUGAGCUAGCUCCUGAACUUACCGCCGGUGAAAUAGUGCAAGUCCUGCGCGAUUGUUUAUGGAAUUAUACAAGAGAUCAUGUGCCUUCGCCUACGAUGUUUCCUUGUGAUAGAAAUGGUUUACAUUGGCGUGAUCCAUCAUCGUGCAAGCCUCCCACCAUCUACACUGACACUCUAAGGUUAAUCAUACAGAUGAGAAUAUCUAAACUAGGCCACAUGUACCCAAUAAUGUUUUUAAACUUAAAGAAAGAGCAUUAA